CGCAGAAGACACCCAAGUCAGAUUUAUCCACAAUGCGCUCCACGGCGUACCUCCUUGCCCUUUCCGCGGCCUUCCAAGCCGCCCAAGCGGUGGUGACAGCAAACAACAGCCAACUGCUGACCUGGUGGCAUAGCACCGGCGAGAUCAACACCCAGAGCCCGGUUGCCGAUGGCAAUGUGCGCCAAUCAGGACUGUACUCGGUCCAGGUCCGCAAUGCUGCUGGCCAGGAUAGCCGCUACUACGACUCCUUUGUCUAUCAUGCCAUCCCCGCAAAUGGCAUGUCGGACCAGUUGCAAUACGCGCAAAACUACAACCAAACCCAAGCGUGGAGUUCUUUCCUUUAUUCUAGCGACGCCACUUUGAAGAUCAGCCGGAAGGAUUCCUCUGCCAGCAGCGUCGUCAUUCGUCCAACGACGCUGAACUUCCCCGUGAGAUACGACGAUAGCAGCGUUUACAUCACCGUUCCUUACAGUCCCAGUGGACAUCGCUUCUCGGUGGAGUUUGAUGAUGACUUAAUCUCCCUCUCCCCUAGCGGUGCAAAGCAACCAUCCAGUGCUCUCCUGAUUUUUGCAAGCCCGUUCGAAAACUCCUCGCUCAAACCCCAACCGGACAUAGCCAACGCCAUCGCACCCAACCCAGGACGAGUCCUUGGUCUUAACACAACCACUGCAUCAACAGUUAUCUUCAACCCGGGUGUAUACUACUUCACCGGCCAAGACCACAUGAUCCUCAGCCCUAGUGUGACGUGGGUAUACAUCGCCCCCGGUGCGUACGUGAAGGGCGCUGUUGAGUUCCAAUCCACAGCAUCCGAGGUCAAGGUCAGCGGCCAUGGAGUUCUUUCCGGAGAGCAGUAUGUCUGGUAUGCCGACCCGGACAUUGGAUACCUCAAGGCCAAUGCAGUUAACAACAACGGACUCCGAAUGUGGCGCGGGACACUGGGCAAUAGUAGCCAGACAUUUGUCCUGAAUGGGGUGACUGCCAGCGCUCCUCCAUUCAACAGCAUGGAUUGGACUGGGAACAGUUUGGAUCUUAUCACAUGCAGAGUGGAUGAUUAUAAGCAGGUUGGUGCGUUCUACGGCCAGACGGAUGGGUUGGAGAUGUACCCUGGGUCGAUUGUGCAGAACGUGUUUUACCAUACAAACGAUGAUGGUCUGAAGAUGUAUUACUCGAACGUGACGGCGCGGAAUAUCGUCAUGUGGAAGGAAAGCGUGGCGCCGGUUGUCGAGUUUGGAUGGACGCCCCGAAACACGGAGAAUGUUCUGAUUGACCAUGUUGAUGUAAUCCAUCAGGCAUAUCAAAGUGCAGACAACAAUCCGGGUAUUUUCGGUGCCGUCAACAACUACCUCUACGCCCCUAAUGGUCUUUCGUCGAAUCACUCCACAGGCAAUAGCAACAUGACAGUCCGAAACAUCACUUGGUCGAAUUUCAGAGCUGAAGGACCGUCAUCCGCAUUGUUCCGGAUCAACCCGAUUCAGAAUCUGGAUGGCAUUUCCAUUAAGAAUGUGUCCCUGGAAAAGUUUGAGCCUUCAUCUCUUAACACCACCGAGAGUUGGAUGCCUGUGUGGUACGACAUCAACAACGGAAAGCAGAUCACGGUUACAGACUUUUCAAUCGAGGGAUUCAAAGUUGGAAAUACGACCAUUACUGCGAACAAUGCUGCUAGGGUGGGGCAAAUUGAUGGUGUUGGUCCAGCCUAUGCAGGCGCUGUGUACUAUGGAUAGACUUGUAGAGUAUUCAACCUAGUUGAUUUACACCAUUUCAAAAUUGGAGCUUAGAACAGAGGGCUUUUUUAUUUAUUCUUUGUGUCUUUUAUUUGCUAUUUGCUAUUUGUUAUUUUUUUACUUUUUU